CACUAGCGCGCGCGCGUUCGAUAUUCAAAUAUUGUUCUCAUUACGCGCGAAUUUUUUUUUGGAAUUUAUGGCUUGGUUACGAGACUUUAUUUUUUUUUAAAGUGUGCAAGUAGUGUUGUUAUAGGUAAUAGGUAUUCAAAGUUUAUUUAGUGAUAUAAAAUAUUGUCUUAUUUGUCUUUGUGAUCUGUGUUAGUUUUGUAAAUUGAGUGGUAGUGCUUGGAAAUAUUUGGCAUUCUCUUGUGGAUUUUUGCCAAAGUGACGCGACAGGAAUUGAGUUUUUCACGGAUAUGUCUCUAUAUUUAUACAUGAGACCGAGCGACGGGGUCCGUCGCUGCGUAUAACAUGCGCUCCCUACUCGCGUACUACGCCGACGCGGUAAUGGCGGCGGCGGCAGGGGGCGCGGGCUGCGCGCUCGGCUGCAGCGGCCGCGGGGACUGUCUCAACGGCACCUGCCUCUGCGAGAUCCGGUACUCUGGGGACGAGUGCGCUGGACCCAACAUGCCUUACCACGCAUGUAUCGGCGGCGUAUUUCUCCUAGUCGCCUUCGUAUGCGCCGUGCAGCUGACAAUAUGCAUAGUGUCGGAGUAUAGAAGACUCAAGGCUCCCACCUUCCUUAGAGCCUGUAAGGUCACCACUCAGAAGAUGCUCUAUCUAGUCGCGUUCCUCGCCUCGCUUAUACGCGGGGCGUACUUCGUGUCACCUUCAGCGUUCCAAGAGGGUUGGGCGACGAGUCUUCUCUCCGCUUACUAUCCUUUGCUUCUGUCCGGUUCUUCGCUCAUCGUCUGCUUCUGGGCAGAGGUGUUCCACCUUCGCGAUAUACGCUGGGAGCGACCCCGGUUCCUGUCCAAGACGUUCCUGGCAUUCGUGACCUUCAACCUGAUCAGCUACUCACUCCUGGCUGCAGAAGUCUUGACUACCAACGUCGCCAACACCACUGCCAAAGAGAAGAGCUUCUACCAGCACGUGUUCAACGGCUGCUACGCUGUUCUCCUCUUCAUCGUGGUCACCUUCUUCCUGAUCUACGGCGUCGAAGUCUAUUUCAAGCUUCGCGGCGAAUUCCUAAAGGAGACGAAGGUGUGCACAGUGAUACAACCCCGGCCGGGAACGUCAUCCGCGGCCGAUGAUGACGCUCAAGCCACGCUCGUCACCAAACAGGGCGUCCGAACGGACAUGUCUCGCGACGGCGCAAUCGACCCCCGCUCGGUGGACCACUCCCAACUCCACCAAUCCAGGCUCGGGCUGGUCAGCCAGGCUUUGAUGCUCAUCCUCAUAGCUGGUUUCCUCGCUUCGGAGACGCUCAGCGAACUGUGGAAGACCAAAGUCCCAGUGGUAUCCCGCAACUGGCACGACCUGGUGUUCCGGCUGGCCGAGAUCGGGGUCGCGCUAUGGUUCCCCUGCGUCCUGUGGAACUCCAUGGCUCCCGAGAGACUUUGGCUGCUGAACCCUCGCCGCCUGCUGGCGCGGCAGCUUGAUGAUGCCAAGCUCCAGGAGCUGUUGCAGCAUCACCAAGACGCUAAGUGGGUACUAAGCGCGCAUAUGGGCGAACUGUCAUGGCGUCAGAAGGCGCGGCUGAUCGCGUACGUGAUUGGCUGCUGGCGUUGGGCGUUAGUCCGAGUGUUGCUAACUUCGUUGUUGCACCAUCGCUCUGAAGUUCUUCCGUUACCUUGGAGGAGGGUGCAAGACGUCGAAACCGACUCUUUAGUGGGUAGCGUUGGCUCCGCUCGCGACUGCUGGAUCUGCUACGACAGUUCCCGCCCUGAGCCCCUCAUACACCCGUGUCGAUGCACUGGCGACGUGUCAGCUGUGCAUCACGACUGCCUCAGCCGGUGGCUGGGAGAGAGCGUCAAGACACCUGACGGCUUAAAAUGUAAGGUGUGCAACACGCCCUACAUCGUUCAAGAGACCAGCAGGGUGGAAUGGGAGCGUGGAUUCACCGUAGUACACUGGGUGCGAACCGCGCUAUGUGUGGCGUGCAUGUGCGGCGCCGGCGCCGCGGCGUGGGUGGCCGUACAACUGUCCACAUCGCCAGUAGUGAGGGUGCUCGCCGCCGGCGCGGCUUCGCUUGUCUGCUAUGUUGCUGUCAGAUUCCUUGGCAUGAACACGGUAACAGCCUACCAAAAGGCCAAGAUCUCCUCUCUCCGGAUCCUGACAGAACCCAUGGACUCGCCGCAAGAUGACCAGCUGGCUACCAUCAGCAAGACGGUCACCGUCGAGAUCGCUUCUAAAGCGGUCCUAGAGAGGGCGCUGAAGGGAGAAGCCAAUAAAUAAACUGUGUGUAAUAUGUGACUUAAAAUAUACAGCUAAUUAAGGUGAAGUGACAACCCUAAAAACCGCAGCGCUGGUUAAAGAAGAAUGCUAAUCGGUCCUGUUGUGAGGGGAGAUUAUGAAGUGUCGUGAACAGUGACUAAAAACUGUGAGUGACACCCCUAAAUCAAUCUGAAGGCGCAAUAUCACCAAAUCAGAGAGAAAGAUGUCGUUCUGUGCCGCCUAAAAAAUAAAUACUAAAAAAAAUACAAGUGUUAUGAACGGUGAUAUGUAAAAUUUCAAGUGACACCCCUGACAUCAACGGAUCAGAGCGAAGACAUUUCAAAGUGGUCCUAAAAUGUGAAGUUUUUAAAACUGCGAAUCAAAGAAAAUAAUGAUGUCGAAAAGUGAGCUGUAAAAGGGGAAAUCUGUGAAUAAACUGUUACGUAAAAGUUGUGGACAUUAUAUGUGACAAUCUUAAAACUGCGGAGUGAUAUCUUACGCUAGAUAUCGCAAAAACUACUAGCGAUCAUCAAAAGACGGCUACAGGAAGCUUCUAAAGUGGUUAUCGAGUGAGUUCUAAAUGCGAUUAACACCCUUAAGAACCAAAAGUGGUUUUGACCACCAAAGACUACUAAUGAAAAGUAAAAUGCAUGUGUGACGAAAAAAGAGCACCGAUUAAAGACAUUUGUAGCGUUCCACAAUUAUGUGUUCUGUAUAAGGAUCAUUUUAAACGGAAUGCCUCAUUUAAUAGUACCUUGGGUAGCUUCUAUAAAGUUAUAUCGUAGUUUGGUACAAAGGCAAACAUUAAGAGUGAUAAUAUGCAAUAAUUUGAGUUUACUUAACUGAAAUCUGAGAUGAGAGUGGAUCUGUUAGGUCAUUCCUUUCUAACCUAACUAAAGAUUGGUGGAAUGUAUGGAUAAAAUAGGCAGUUUUACCUGUCAAUGCUUUCAUAUCCUGGAUAAUUACAAAAAAUUGCCCAGUGUAUAGAAAUCCUGGUCACGGCACCAAUUCAAACAUUCACACUGCAUUGGAUUUAACUAAUUACUUUUGAUUGGAAAUUCAUGGAAUAUUAUUUUUUUGUUGAUCAGCAUAUUCGUUAAAUUUUGCUGCCGAUUUAUUCGGCUAGAGUGCUGAAUAUUCGUCAUCCUUUGAAUGGUUUAUUUAAAUGAUACUUUAGAACUGAAUAAUGCGGCCGAAUUUUCGUUUUGGUAAGAUUUUAACCGAAUAUUCGGCUAAGGUUUAGAUUCAGCAAACUUUAAAUUCGGUUUAUCUCUUACUCUGAUGUACAUGGUGCUGAUUUUAAAGUAUAGCUCACGCAUUUAAAAAUACAUGAAACACUAAGGAACACAGAUUUAAAGUUAUUUUUAAGGUGUCUAAUGUUAGACAAGUUACCCAUUUGGUACAAAUGUAAUGAUUAUAUCACAGAAUUCGUA